UACACUUAAUAUAUUCGAGAUAGGUACACAGGGUACACUUAAUUAAGUUUAUGACAACAAAAUACACAAAAAAACUAAUAAACUUCGUAAAGAUAGACAAAUAUAAAAUUUGUUUCUUUCUAUAAGUACAAUAAACAAAGUUUUUUACGAAAAUGUCGAGUACAUCACAAAAACAUAGAAACUUUGUUGCUGAGCCAAUGGGUGAGAAACCAGUAACAGAAUUGGCGGGCGUGGGUGAAGUUUUAGGAAAACGACUUGAAACCGGGGGCUUCGAUAAGGCCUAUGUCGUCUUGGGUCAAUUUUUGGUACUAAAGAAAGAUAAAGAGUUAUUUCAAGAAUGGAUGAAGGACGCCUGCAGUGCAAACUCUAAACAGUCAGCAGAUUGUUAUCAGUGUUUGAAGGAUUGGUGUGAUGAGUUUUUGUAAUUUUUAUCCAUAUAACAUUUAUUAUAUUUUAUUAUUGCAUUGUUUGAAAUAAUGUACAUAAUGUAAUUUUAAGACUACAUAAGUAAAAUAU